AAAGGGAAAAAGAAACAGAUAAAUUUCCUUUUUUUUUUGAAAAAAAAAAUUGCACACCUGUUUUUUUAGAAUUAUAGCAGUAGAACAGGAAUUAAAAAAAAAAAAAUCCCCUCCUUAUUGUUAUGUUCCGAACAAUGGCACUGGAUUUGAGAAUCUCUCUCUCAAAUCCCACUUUGGUUCUCCCAAAUUCUCCUUCUCAUAGAUGUUCCUCAAGCAGAAGCAACAGUUCACUCCCACCAUGUUCUCCUUGUACUUGGUUUCCUGUUACUCGCCAGAACAAGAUUACCAUUCUCUCACAAAAAUUUCCUCCAAAAUUUAGUAAGAGAGGUUCAUUCUCUUGGGUUGCGAAAAGCAGUGGUUCGUCGUCGUCCUCCGAAACCAGCACAGAUGGUUCAAAAUCUCCGACAGAAGAGAAGAUACCUUUUGGGUACACAAGAAAAGAUGUGCUAUUGAUUGGUCUUGGAGUUACUGUUAUUGGUGUUGGCUUGAAGAGUGGAUUGGAGUUCGUAGGAAUUGAUCCUUUGAAAGCAGGCAAUGUUGUUCAGUUAGUUAUGGUAUUGGGGCUAACAGUUGGUUGGAUCUCGACAUACAUAUUCAGAGUCUCGAACAAAGAUAUGACUUACACCCAGCAGUUAAAAGACUAUGAGAAUAAAGUGAUGGAGAAGCGAUUGGAGAGCCUCUCUGAAGCUGAGCUCGAAGCUUUGCUAGAACAAGUGGAGGAGGAAAAGGGGCGCCUCACCAGCGACGAGCAAUUCUUGAAGUGAAAUCUGUGAUUAUCAGCAUAAUAAUAUCCAUAUGAGACAAAAGGAUUGGUUUGAAUUAUAUCCUAUUAGACAACAAAUAUUCAUGUAUUUUGCAUCUUAUUCACUUGGUAACUCUACCAAAGUUGAUGUAUGAUUUUACUUUUUACAAGUAAUUAGCAGUUGAGAAAUCAAUCUUACUUGUUCUUAUUGUUAAUAUAAUUGGAAAAUUAGUGUGCAA